AUGCAGCACUCUAGUUCACUGGCUGCAAAGUUCCCAUCAUGGUCGCAAAUACCAAUCGACAUAAAACUCGACUUACUGCAUUGGCUUCCUUCUGGUUUACUUUGGAGGCUGCGAACGUUGCAACGAGAGAUGAAUGAACUCGUGCAAGAUGUACUGAAAACGAGAAUCCGGUCACUUUCACAUAAUCCAGCUAGUAUUAAACAGAUUGGCAACCUGUUUACGGACUGUAAUAUGGGCGAUGUCAAGCUAGUUGCCCUGUGGAGAGAGGUUAGCUUAGCGGUAAUACCGCCGUUAAUUAUUGGGGAAGUGCUUCAGGCAUUUGCUGAAGCUCAGGCCGAGGCCGAUCGCAAGGUGGAAGGUCUAGAUUUACAGCCAGUAACGAACUUGACUCGUCGAGAUCAUGCCUCGUUUGUUGUAAGGCCAGCGAAACGAACAGGAACUAUCUUGAAUACCCUCAGUUUAGAUGCACCAACCUUACGGGAAGUGAUAAUGAAUUUAACCACGGGUCAGGAUGGAAUUGUGUUUGGUUGGGGUUUGGGUGCCUUGACAUCCGCGAGAAUAGCCAACUACCGGAUGGCCCUCAAAGUGCUGAUAGUGCACAUAAAUUUGUCAUGCUCAGAUUUGCAGGUGUUGAUGAGGGACAUGUUUGCACGUUGGCAACGGGCACUCAGAGACUAUGAAAUCCUGGCGCAGGACUCGACGUGGUUGGAAUUAGACAAGAUCACUCUCAGAGAGGAAUUCUCUGCAAUAUCCUUGUCUGGGUGCAUGGAAGCCUACAAUGACAUGAAGCACGUAUAUCGAUACGGAAUCAUCGUCAACGAAGACGGUUAUGAUUACUUUGAAUUCACUCCAGAAAAGUCAUCCAAUCUACUCUUCACUUGCUUUUAUCUGGUCGACGGCCAUGGAGAAGUAAAACUCACUCAAGCUUCAGCAAAGACCUGGACAAAGUCUCCAGCAGAACGCUACGUUGAUCACCUUCGUCAAUGUAUCUCGCGAGUCGUCAAGGCGCUUGUCAAUCAGGUCUAUGAAUCUAGUCAGCAAGAUGGUGCCAACAACAGUCUCUGUAAAGGUAUUGCUCAAUCUCUAUGCAGCAUUUACGUGGAAAUCAACCAGGAUCUCUUACAAGUAUGUCCUGAUCUCGUGCGCGAAAACGGUGCUACUCUUGUAUUGGGGUUUGUCAUUCAGGAGGAAGGAAUACUUCUCGACGACAUGCUGUUUGCUUCUGUCGGUGAUUCAAGCAUGAUGCUGGUUGAUGCUGAUAAAGGCAUACCGCUGAAAGUGUGGAAGCGUGAUAUUGAUAGUCUGCCAGCUACAUGCUCUUGGGAAGGCAAGCGAAAUACUCUUGCUUCGUUUCCAUUCGCAGUCAAGGAAGGACAGACACUGGAAAGAUUGAAGGAAGACUUUCGAAGUGUUGGCUCUUUCUGCCGGCCCAAUACGAACAGCAAAGGUGAAAAGGGUCACAGUCUCUUUUCACCAAGAAGUCCAUACAGCUUGAAUAUGAUCAACACGCUCGGCAAUAUGAAUCACGAUGGCCGUUUAUUGUCCAGAACAAAUGUGUAUAGAAUACCCACAAGUCUCACCACAGAAAUUCCAAAUCUUGUCGCUGUUUUUUGCUCUGAUGGUGUGAAGGAUCAGAUGCAAGCUGAAAACAUUGCAGCCUUCUUCACUUCGAUUGAUCAAGGGCUUGCUCAUACCGGUGGAAUACCUCGCGAGGAGGCUGGAUUUAUAGAUAUUGAUGAGCUCUUUCGAAAAGUGCGACCAGUUGGUGUCCUCGAAGACGCUAGUGAUGAAAGAGCGGCUAGAGAAAUUACGGAAGCCGCACAAGCGUGUGAUGAUGACGGCAUCAAUUUGCCGGCCAUAUGCACGGCGCUGGUACACACAGCUAUAGCACGAAGGUCGUUUGAUGAUUGCACCGUAUUGGCCGUGAAUCUCUCACAGCGGAAUUCAUCACGCCAGUCGACUUACGAAGCAUCGCAUCUGCCAUCACGCAUAAACGAUAAGAUUGAACCAGUGGUUGUGGUAGUGACGUCAGAAGAAACUGCUAUUUUCGGCUCCACAUCCACAGUGCAAGUACAAUCUGAAACUGUUACCGAAGUGGUCCCAGGAAGUACCACUGAACAAGUAUUGAGCUCUUCGAUACAGUAUGAUAUUCCAGAACCAGUCAAGGCUGCAGAGAAGGCUGAAGCAUUCAGCUCGUGGACCCAGCAUGAUAGUGUAGAACCAGACACGUCUCAAGAGAAGGCUGAAGUACUGAGCUCUUUGACACACUCUGAUGUUGUAGGACCAGACAGCUCUGAAGAGAAGGCUGAAGUAAUGAGCUCUUUGACACACUCUGAUAUUGUAGAACCAGACAGGUGUAAAGAGAAAAUGUCUGCUGAUUUGUCUUUAGAGAGGAAACGAAUGCUUGAUGAGAAUGACGAGCAGGAGAUACACGCAGCUGGUCAGCAGAGCCCCGACUCUGAAGCCAAUAAGAAACUCAAAAUCUGA